UAAACAAACAAACCCGAGAAAAAAUGAUUCUCUGUCGAAAAAUCGCAAAAACCGCAAUUUUCGUGAAUCGUCGACACAAUUUCUGCCUAAAUUUUGCCAAAUUCUCCACAAACACCGACAUUCAAGACGAAAAACCUUCCGAACAACUCGAAGAAAUCCUCAAAAAAUGCGAAAAGAAAAUCAUCUACAGCUCUUACUUGGAACGUCUCGUGCCAAAAAUGAGCUUUGUUCAGAAGAAAAUUCACGAUGACAAGCUAAAAAAGCAACAAUAUUUGGAACUCAUCGAACAACAAAGUUACAAACAAUUUCCGGUUGCCUUGAAAUUCCUCGAGGAAGAGACUUAUCAAGCUGUGGUUGAACCAAAAAAAGAAAUUAUCGAAGAAACAAGUGUCGAAGAAGAGGAAAACAAGUACCAAAAGUAUCACAUUCCCUUCUCAAAAGCGAAAAAAAUCUGGACCGAGGAAAAACCCGAAGAAAAAUUGGAAGAAACUAUCGAAAAAUCCGAAAAACUUAAAGAAUGGAUGCGCGAUUACGAGUUUUACGACGAAGACGAGGAAGAUUUAGGUCAUUUAUCGGAAUACGGAACACCAAAUCCCGCAAUUCCCAUUUCCAGGGUCCCAUGCGGCGGAUGCGGCGCCCAUUUACACUGCGCUGACGCUUCUUUGCCCGGUUAUAUUCCGAGCGAAAUCUUCACGAGAUGCAAAAAAGACGAAUUAACGACGAUCGUAUGUCAAAGAUGUCACUUUCUGAAGAACUAUAAUACCGCAAUAAAUGUUACUGUGACGCCGGAAGAUUAUAUAAACAUUAUUUCGUCAAUUCAGAACAAAAAAGCCUUGGCAGUGUUGAUGGUUGACUUGUUGGAUAUGGAAAAUAGCAUCUGGCCCGGCAUUCAAAACCUCUUGGGAAGUCGUCGACCCAUCAUUGUGGUUGGAAAUAAGGUUGAUUUGUUGCCUCGUGACUCGCCGGGACACUUGAAUCACGUGAAAAAGUGCGUGGAAAAGGCGAUAAUCGAAGCCGGGUUUCUCGAGGAGAACAUAAAACACAUUGGAUUAAUUUCGGCGACGACAGGAUUCGGCGUUGAAUCGCUAAUUACGAAAAUUCAUCAUAUUUGGGGCUCCAAAGGGGAUGUUUACAUCGUCGGAUGCACAAAUGUCGGUAAAAGUUCUCUCUUCAACAGCUUACUUCAAUCGGAUUUUUGUAAUUCCGAGGCUUCGAAUAUUGUGCAACGAGCUACUGCCUCGCCAUGGCCCGGAACAACAAUCCGUCUCUUGAAAUUUCCCAUUUUACGACCUUCGGAUCACAGAUUGUAUCGUCGCGUGCUGCGUUUGAAGCAAGAUGAGAAAAUAAAUCAAGAGGAAAACACGCUGCGACAAAUUCAGGCGAAUAAAACGAAAAAUCGGGAGUACGCAACGUUAAUUGGGCACAUCGGAAGGACUUUUAUUCCGUCAAAAGAGCGUCAUAAGGACCCUUUUAGUGUGAAUUUGGGCAGCGGCAAUGAAAAAAAUGUAAUUCCCGUCGUAAAUGAGAAUCACGAGGAUUAUAUGCACAGUAAAUGGUGCUUUGAUACGCCCGGCGUCGUUCACAACGAACAAAUUUUGAAUCUUUUAACGACAGAAGAACUCCUAAAAGUCCUCCCCAAAGAAAUGAUCAACCCGCGAACGUAUCUUUUUAAACUCGGCAUGUCGUUAUUCCUUGCUGGACUCGCCAGAAUCGAUUUUCUCGAAGGUCCUGACUUUGUACGUGCUCAAAUUUACUCCUCUCGUGAACUUCCAACGCUAAUAACAAAAACCCAAGAUGCUGACGAGAUGUACGAAACACUUUACGGGUCAAAAAUUUUGGGAGUUCCUUUUGGAUCGGAUGAGAGACUUGCUGAAUUUCCCAAAUUAAGACCUGCUGAAGAGACAAUUACCGUUGAAGGCAUCGAUAAUACUGUAAAUUGCGCGGAUAUUCUUCUUUCGUCGGCAGGAUGGCUCGGAAUUAGUGCUGCACCUGCGAAAAAAGCAACUUUUCGGGUUUGGACUCCGGAAGGGAGAGGAAUUGUCUUGAGACAACCAGCGUUGAUUCCUUAUGGGAUUUUGCUGAAAGGAAAACGGAUAAGGGGAUCGUUUGCGUAUAAGGAAACUGAGCCUUUUGUUAGUUUUAGAGUACCAAAAAGUCCGAAAGAGUGAUUUCUUUG